AUGUCGCAAACAUGUUUUGGGGCCGACUGGGCGCUCCCCUUGGCUGCCAUGCUGUUAGCAUUGCGCAGUCGCAAGUAUGCCGACGAGGCUAUUGUGGAUGGCUUCUGCUCUAUGUUUGAUGAUGAAGAAGUCAAGAAGCUUCAUCUGGAGGAUAUGAAGUUUGAACCGGAAUCGAGGAGAUUGCCAGAGCUGAGGCUGUACUGGCAAAUGAUGAAAGCCAUCCGCCAGCGCAUUGAUGAUGGAGCUGUCGCGGACCUGGGGAAAGCGUUUGGGCGCAAGGUUGGUUUCGCAGAUUGA